UGAAGAACAAACAAUCAAAAAAACAAAAAGGCACGAUUUUUUUCUCCUCUGCAGUAGCUUGGAGCUCAGGAUUCGAAAUGCGUACAAAAAACCCAAGCUAUCGUGAAGAACCAAAUCCAACAGAUGUAAUGGUAGAAGCACAAGAGACUCGUGGAGAUGAACCCGAAGAAACCGAGUCUAAUCCGCCGUCUAAUCCUCAGGAUUCAACGGAGAUUCAUAGUAUCUUGCCUCCAUCUUCUCGUGAGACACAUCUUCUAGGCCGUAUCAUGGAAGCAGAUAAUGGAUGGAAUUAUGCGGAUGAUCCAAUAGCUGAUGGUUGGAGCAAGCUUUCAAUUGACCAAGAGAAGUCAAUAUUGUUUGAGGAUCUUUAUAACCAAGAUGUGGCUACCCGGGGAAUUGAGGUAGGUGAUGUGGAACUUGAUAAUGUGGAUCCGGAUGAUGUGGCUACGGAUGAUGUGGAACAUGAUAAUGUGGAUCCGGAUGAUAUGGAACAUGAUAAUGUGGAUCAAGAUGAUGUGGCUCCAAAUAAUUUGGUUGAGCUAGGAGCUAUGUUUAUUCAACUAGAAGACCGGAUGAACAAAGGGUUUAAGGAAAUCAUGGAGAAGAUUGAUGGCUUGGAUGGCAGAGUAAAAUCUGUGGAAUCUUAUGUGAAUUGGGAAAGAGCUGAGAAGGAAAAAGCUGAGAAGGAGAAUGCAGAGAGGGAGAAUGCUGAGAAGGAGAAGGGAGACAAUGCUGAGAAGGAGAAGGCUGAGAAGGAGAUGGCUGAGAAGGAGAAGGCAGAGAAGGAGAAGGCAGAGAAGGAGAAGGAGAGGGUAGAGAAGGAGAGGGCUGAGAAGGAGAGGGCUGAGAAAGAGAGGGUAGAGAAGGAGAGGGCUGAGAAGGAGAAGGCUGAGAAGGAGUUGGCUGAGAAGGAGAAGGCUGAGAAGGAGAGGGUAGAGAAGGAGAAGGCUGAGAAGGAGAAGGCUGAGAAAGAGAUGGCUGAGAAAGAGAAGGCUGAGAAAGAGAAGGCUGAGGCUGAGAAGGCAGUGGCUGAGAAGGUGGAGGGUGAGAAAGAAAAGGCUGUGAAUGAUCAAGAGGAGAAGGUAGAGGGUGAAAGGCAAAUUUCAAUUCAGUACGAGAGAAAAUCGAGAAAGAGAAAUGCAGAAGUACAAGGUGAAGAAGAAGUUGCAGGAGAGGCUCAACAUAAUAAAAAGGUGAAGAUUAUAGGCAAGAAAGGGAAGAAGGGGUCUACUGUGGUCAUUCGGAGUUCUAUAAUGACAAGGCAGAAGAAGGAGCAGAAGAAGGAUUAAGGUUGUUUAUGAGUCAUAUGUGAACUCUUUGUGUUGUUGGUUUUUUGUUAAGUUCGAGUCAUUUUGGUUUGUCUAACUAGGUACACCUGGUUUUUAUUUA